AUGGAGAAUUCAGGCAUCGGACGAUGGUUCGAGUACGAGUCGGGACACGCGUGGUGCGAGAGCGCCUACAAGUACCAGACGCUUCCGUACGUCGCCGAGUUCGCUAACACGGUGACCAACUUGCCGAUCAUCGUGCUUCCCCUCGUGAACAUCAUGCUGCUCCGACAGUACCUGCAAAAUGUGAACGGCGGGCUCGUCUUCCCGCAGCUGUUGCUCACUUUCAACGGACUCGCCUCCACCUAUUACCACGCGACGCUCAAUCUCUUCGGUUAGUCCAUUUCCUCCCACGUGUUUCUCUCAUCUCGUCAUCCUUCAGGUCAGCUGGUCGACGAACUCUCUCUCGUUUGGAUUAUCACUGUGUUCCUUGUAGUCUACAUUCCCAUCAUGAAAUGGUUUCCCAAACAGUUUUCCGAGCGAUUGUGAGAAAUAGCAUGGAAGAUGAUAUAAUCGUUUUCCGUUUUGCAGGACUCUCGUCAGAUGGGUCGUCCUCAUCGUUACUGCCCUCAUCUCUGCUCUCUGCUUCCUCGAGCCCAAUCUCAACGCCGUCGCCCUCAUGCUAUUCUCCAUUCCGGCUGCGGUUGUGAUCAACUACGAAGGAAGACAGUAGGACUGGCACGUGACUAUGAAUUUUAACUUGAAUUGUAUUCAGCUCUGGCAUCCCGGACAUUGAGUCAUUCCCCGGCCGAAUCCUGGCUCUCUGGGGGACCGCCUUCUCUUUCUGGUUCGCCGACCGCCUUCUCUGCGACUUCUGGCUCUACCUCGGUGAGACUCUCUGAUCGUCCGAUCCUUCUCAACCCUCUUUCUCCGCAGGAACUCCAUACCUUCAUGCUCUGUUCCACUUGCUCGCCGGCCUCGCUGGCUACACAAUCUUCAUCAUGUUCUCGAUGAUCGACAUCGAGAGCCGAUCGAGUUCCCAUCAAUACACGGCCGCCGUCCGCUAUUUCCCGGACAAGAACGGUUCAAUUUUCUCGUUCCCAUAUAUUUCCCUCAAAGAACGAUCUCAGUGAGUGAAUUGUGUCCGUCCGUCCGUCCCCUGUGCAAUGUGCAAUGUGUCCAUAAAUGUUUGCUUGUUCUUUUGUUCAUUUAUGUGUUCUUCGUCCAGGGACCGUUCUUGGCAUCAACAUGCUUUUCAGCAAAGUGGCAGUGCCAGCCUUCGACUCCAACGGCAACACGAGGCCAGACUCACAAGAAGACGUUGCCACGUGA